AUGCGAGUAGGAGACUACAACAUGCACCGGGUAUUGAUCGACAACGGCAACUCAAUCGAUAUCUUGUAUUAUCCGGCGUUCCAACAAAUGAGGAUUGACAAGGAACGAUUGAUACCGACGAACGCCCCGCUCGUUGGUUUCGGAGGGAGCCGGGUAUUCCCUUUGGGCGCAGUCACGUUAUCAGUAACGGUAGGCGAUUACCCCCAGCAAAUCACCAGGAACGUAACCUACCUGGUGGUCGACUGCUCGUCCGCUUACAAUGCUAUCGUCGGACGACCCACGCUCAACUCAUGGAAGGUGGUGACAUCGACUUACCACCUGAUGAUCAAGUUUCCUACGGAUUAUGGAGUAGGAGAGCUCCGCGGAAGCCAAAUGGCCACACGGGAAUGA